AUGCCGAGCGUAAUAGAGCGCCAAAAGAGCACAACCACGGCGACGGCCGCCUCAGAGCUCUCCUCCCUUCCCAACGCCGCAGUCUCCAAGACGGUGCUGGCAAGGCACAGCACCCGGGCUUUUGAUCCUCAGCAGGCCGUGCCUCUAAAUCUCGUCGAAGAAGCCCUCCAACUCGCCCAGCACGCUCCCUCGUCAACCAACAUACAGCCCUGGCGGUUGACGCUCGUCUCCGGCGCCGCCCUCCACCGGCUCACCACGGCCCUCACCACGGCCUUCAAGGACGGCACCAAGUUGCAGAUCCCGGAAAUUCCCGUUCCGUUUCAGCACUACCGCUCCGAACUGGGCCGGCAUGUCUACGGGCCCCAAGGCUAUGGCAUCUCCCGCGACGACACCGAAGGGCAAAUGGCCGCCGUGAAGCACAACUUUGAGUUUUACAGCGCGCCCCUAGCGGGCAUAGUAGCCAUCGACAAAGAUCUUUCUGACCCUGACGUGGUGUCCGUCGGCAUGUGGCUACAGACGUUGGUGCUCUUGCUAACGGAGCGAGGCCUUGGAACGCAGGUUUCGGUGAGCCCGGCGGGGUACCCGGACAUCAUUAAACGGGAAUUGGGAAUCGAUGAGAAUCUCAAGAUCCUGUGCACUAUCGGCAUUGGAUACGAACAGGAGGGUCAGCAAAUCAACAAACUCAAGAUGCCCCGAGAGCCGUGGAAGAAUAAUGUCCGUAUCGUCUCGGAGUAA